GGGAGCGAAGAGGGUACACAGUCACCCCGCAAUGUCUGCUGAGUUAGGUCAGCCGCAGGAAGGCCCGUCACAUUCUGAGCUCAAUCUGCCGAAACCUGAGAGAAAUGAGGCUGAGGUAAAGAGGAGUGUGAUCCAAAGUGUCGGUGCCCCAAGGCGCAGGUCCUGGAUCCAAAAGGUUCUUGAGCAAAUAACGGACUCACCUCGCCAGUGUAUCACCCCGUCAAAGAUGGUGCCUGUCGCUGUUUUGGCCGUCUAGAGGUACCUGUUAGAGGGUGAGCCAGGCAACCUGGAACCUAGAUGUCCGCUUUAUUGCUAUGAUGUGACGAUCUCGGACGGGGUGUUCCGUGAGAAGUGCUAUCUGGACCCCAGACUGAAUUUUCUCGUAUAUAAUAAUAUUCUCAAAGUUGGCAUAGAAGUGAAAAUUUCCCGAGUCUCGUGUAUUUACAACGAGAAAAGAUUAGGCCAGGGGAUCCUGUGCAUAGAUAAUGUCCACUGUGGGGGGUCCUUGGACUCUAUUUCUUUAUAAAUUCCUUUCAGAAAUAGAGCGCACCGGGAAAUCCCGGAGAGACCGUUAAGAGGCGGAAAGAGCCAUUACCUGGCCCUGUGGAAUAACGAAGAUCCAUAUGGAGAUAUCUGGUUAAGCAACAAGCAACCUGAAGAGCACAAUUUUAACGAUACCAGAAUAAUUUCCCUUUCUCGCCUUGAAAUGACCUGGUCUAACAGAAGGAAUUUUCCUGCAUUGCUUGUGAGAAUCUUGUAUAAAUCAAAACUGCAAUACUGUGGAAAACCCAAUAAAAAGAUGAUUGAGCCAUACCUGACCUUUUUGGAAGUUGCUGACAGUUCAGGCACCAUGUCAGUGAUUAUAUGGAAUGCCCUGUGUCCUGAGUGGUAUAAAAGUUUGCACGUUCGUUUAGUUCUUCUGCUUCAAGAUUAUUCUAUUAGAAAGAGUCACCCCUUCAAGGUGCAGUCUCUCCCUGUGGAUCCACACAUGAAACUAAUUUCUACAAUAGAAAUCUGCCUGAACCUUCGAGAUCCUCCAACUAAUAUAAUUAUCAUUCCAGAAAAGCAGGUGAAACCAGAAUGGAGAUUGCCAAAAUUAAACCACCAUUUUAUCACAAGAUCUGAACUGGAUGAUAUGCCAGAAAAGAGUAUCUGUGAUGUUAUUGGCGUUUUAGUUUUUGUAGGAAGAGUCCAGCGGUCAAAAAAGAAGGAAAGCCGUGAAGAUUUUUGGUCAUAUCGCUGGAUUCACAUUGCUGAUGGGACGUUUUCUACAUCUCAGCCAGAAGUCUUUGAAAAUAUUUACCCAAUGGCACAUUUCACGUGUACACAGUUGAAAGUUGUCAGAAAUGACACUCAAGUACCUAAACUGCUUUACCUUACUACUACAAAUGAGAGUCACAUGUUUAUUACUGGUCAUAGAGGCCAGCCGUAUACCAACGAUACCAAGGUAAAAAACUUUAUUCAGUGGGUUAAAACAAAGACCGAUUCUGGGGAAUUGAAGAACACUGUUAUUGGUGGAUAUUACCCCUAUCCAACAGUGCCGGAAACAUUUUCGAAGUAUAAUAUUUCUGUUAAAGUUGAGUCGUUCUUCACAGCUAUAAGUGAAGUGAGGAAGGAGAUUGAAGACUUGCAGUAUAGGGAACAAAAGCGCAUUGCAAUACAGGGGAUAAUUACUGUUAUAAAGUAUGUCCCCUAUAGCGGUGCAACUGCAAGUGCCUCAGCAUCUGAAACACUACGGAAUGCUAACCGACCCUCAACAUCCCAAGCAGCUAGAAGAGAAAGUCAAAGUCAAGAAAGAGAUGGAAAACCUCAAGAUGAUGGUCCUGUGAGUUCUCAGUGUUGUCAUACUACAUCUGCAAGUUUGAGCCUCCCAAGAAAAAAAAGAGCUCUACAAGGGCCAUGUGCCAAACCAAUUCCUGUGCCUCAGCCAGAAACUUCUGCACAAACAAAAGGAGAUAAACCAGGCAUGCGAAGCACCUUCCAGCGUCAAGAAAGCAUAAGCACUGGUAGCAUAGGGAAAGCCAGAAAAACUAUAACUGGUAAAUGGGAAAGUCAGAUGUGGAGAAAGAAGAAGUUCGGCUUAAUAGAUCACCUACAAUAUAGCUGUAUUUAUCCUGAAAGUAUUACACGGAGAUUUGUUUUAGAACACAGAAAUUUUCUUACUCAGCAGUAUAAUUCUCAGCCUGCAAAAUACAUACCACAAGAAGGAAGGCCCCCAAAACUUUAUGAUUUUAAGAAUGCCCUAGUCGUUGGACAUUUUGAAUUAACCAUCUUAGGUCUGAAUCAUGAGAUAGCAAUCAGUGUUGCAUUCCUCCCCAAGUAUUCUCCAGAAGAUGUCCGAACAUCUCAAAUAGACAUAUUAUUAACCUGCAUGAAUUACAGCUGUGUGUUUCCCCAGGAAUUAACUGGCAAUGAUAGAUUGCAAGGUUCAAAAGCAAUUACAGGUGAUAUUAUAAAAGCAGCAACUGAAUUGGAUAAAGUGCAUAUCGUCGGUAUCUUGGAUAUCUGUAAUUUAGGUAACGGUAAAACAGAAGUCUAUUUGCACAAAAUUUAUAGACCAGAUAAAACUUCUUAA